UAACCAAUUUUGAAUAUUUAAGUUUAGUAUUUUGCCGCGCGCAGUGUAUACACUACUGUCCGAUUGAAAAAGAGGAACACGGAAUUGAGCCGAAUUGUCACUCACGUUGUUUCUAUGCGAGGGGUUAAAUGACAAUAACUAAUGAUAUUACAAGUAAUACAUUUUAACGAAAUCAUUUAAGAUGUCCAAUGAAAAUAGUGAAAUUUCUGUGACCAUUGAAUUUGGGGGUGGGGCGGAAUUGCUUUUCGAUAAAAAGAAAAAACACAAGGUGAACUUACCUGGAGAUGAAUGGACCAUACAAAAGUUACUCUUCUGGAUAAAAGAUAACCUUUUGAAAGAACGGCCGGAACUGUUUUUACAAGGAAACACCGUGCGACCAGGAAUUUUGGUUCUCGUGAACGAUACUGACUGGGAAUUAUUGGGUGAAGGCAGUUACAAAUUAUGCUCCGGUGACACGAUACUUUUCAUAUCCACUUUGCACGGGGGAUAGUCGAAGGCGUGGACGAGGAUGGUUGAAGAGGAAUCGUUGGAUCGUUGACGAUUUCAUCGGGAAGAGUGAGAGCUAGAGGUGGUUCUGUAUCUGGGCACGAGGUGUGUGUACACCCGCACAGUGUCAGGGAAUAAAAUGUUGAUUCGCACGAUGUACGUCGGGGACGUUCCACGUAACGACCAUAAUAUUACGACUGACACUUUGGCCAUUUUCCAAGGAUCCUCGUAUUAUUGCUCUCCCUCUUCUUCGCUUUCCCGUCUUGCCACACGGCCAAUGGGCCAUAUUCUGUCCCUUGUUUCCCAAAGCCGGAGCGGUCACUCCCUUUUCCUCUUUCCCUUAUGAUUUUCACGCUUCGUACACAACUUUCUAUGUACGUGUUAUAUUUCGUAAUUAAAGUCUGUGGAAAAUGAAAGAUA